UUUGCUCGUUCUGCUCGUGCAGAGCAUUAUGGCGUCUCCUUGAAUCGUCGAUAGAUCGCUGGUGUUUUGUUGACAAGCUAAAAAAGGAGAGUGUGAGUUUAGUUAUAGUUAAUCUCUCCUGGUGUUUUUUUCUCUCUGCUCACAGCUGGAGAUGGUAUUUUUACUAAAUACUAUUCAAACUACUUUAGUCCACACUGCAAGGAUACGUUUUUGUUCAUAAGUAAGGAAUGGAAAUAAAGAACAAUAAAGAAAAGAUGGCUGCUGACACAGAUAGGAAGGAUGCCGAAUCAUCAGGGAACAAAGACCGGGAGAGGAAACGCAGCCGUUCACGUGAUCGGGAUCGCAGAGGAUCACCUUCACGUAAACGGCAUCGUUCCCGUGAACGAAACCGCUCCAAAUCUCCAGACAGGGAUCGUCGCAUGAAAGAUAAGGACAGAGACAAGGAUCGGGACAGAGACAAAGACAGAGACAGGAGCCGCAAAGACAGAGACAGCCAUCGGCGCGAUAAAGAUCGCAAGAGAUCAAGAAGCCUGUCACCAAAGUCAAGGGACAGCAAGUUAAAGAAGGAGAAGGAUAUAAAAACAGAGGAAGAAGAAGAUGACAAAAAGAAGAAGGAGAAGGUUCAGCCCCUCUCUUUGGAGGAGCUUCUGGCCAAGAAAAAAGCAGAGGAGGAAGCCGAGGCAAAACCAAAGUUUCUGUCUCGAGCAGAGCGAGAAGCUGAGGCUAUAAAGCGCAGAGAGCAGCAGGUGGAGGAAAGGAAAAAGCUGAUAGACGAGGAAAGAAAGAAAAGACGAAUGUUCCAGGACAUUGGGAGAAAAAUGCUUGAGGAUCCCCAAGAAAGGGAGAGAAGGGAGCGCAGAGAGCGAAUGGAGCGAGAGAACAAUGGGAAUGAUGAAGAUGAUGGGAGACAAAAACUCAGAGAGGAGAAAGACAAAAGCAAAGAGCUCCAUGCCAUCAAGGAACGAUAUCUGGGUGGAAUCAAAAAACGCCGGAGAACUCGCCACCUGAACGACAGGAAGUUCGUAUUUGAGUGGGAUGCUUCUGAAGACACUUCAGUCGACUACAACCCGAUCUACAAAGAGAAGCAUCAGGUGCAGCUUUAUGGGCGCGGGUUCAUCGCUGGCAUCGACUUGAAGCAGCAGAAAAGAGAGCAGUCACGUUUCUACGGCGACCUGAUGGAGAAGAGGCGUACGCUGGAAGAGAAGGAGCAGGAAGAGACACGACUGAAGAAGGUGCGAAAGAAGGAAGCCAAGCAACGCUGGGACGACCGGCACUGGUCCCAGAAGAAGCUGGACGAGAUGACGGACAGAGACUGGCGAAUCUUCAGGGAGGAUUACAGCAUCACCACCAAGGGAGGGAAGAUCCCCAACCCCAUCAGGAACUGGAAGGAGUAUUCGCUGCCCGCUCACAUCCUGGAAGUCAUCGACAAAUGCGGCUAUAAGGACCCAACACCUAUUCAGAGGCAAGCCAUUCCUAUUGGCUUGCAGAACCGUGACAUCAUCGGCGUGGCUGAGACGGGUAGCGGUAAAACAGCUGCUUUCCUCAUUCCUCUGCUGGUCUGGAUUACCACUCUGCCGAAGAUCGACAGGAUCGAAGACUCCGAUCAGGGGCCUUACGCUGUGAUUUUGGCUCCGACUCGUGAGCUGGCUCAGCAGAUCGAAGAAGAAACCAUCAAGUUUGGUAAACCGCUUGGCAUCCGAACGGUGGCGGUGAUCGGAGGAAUCUCCAGAGAAGACCAGGGCUUCCGACUCAGGAUGGGCUGCGAGAUCGUCAUAGCAACGCCCGGUCGUCUCAUAGACGUGUUGGAGAACCGCUACCUGGUGCUCGGCCGCUGCACCUACGUCGUACUGGACGAAGCCGACCGUAUGAUUGACAUGGGCUUCGAACCGGACGUCCAGAAGAUUCUGGAGUACAUCCCGGUGACCAAUCAGAAACCGGACACCGACGAAGCCGAGGACCCGGAGAAGAUGAUGAUGAACUUCGAGUCGGGGAAACAUAAAUACAGACAAACCGUCAUGUUCACCGCCACCAUGCCUCCCGCUGUGGAGAGGCUGGCGAGGAGCUACCUGAGGCGCCCCGCGGUGGUGUACAUCGGAUCUGCAGGAAAACCCCACGAGAGAGUGGAGCAGAAGGUCCUGCUCAUGUCGGAGGGAGAGAAGAGGAAGAAGCUGCUGGAGGUCCUGUCGCACGGCUUCGAGCCGCCCAUCAUCAUCUUCGUCAACCAGAAGAAGGGCUGCGAUGUGCUGGCCAAGUCCCUGGAGAAGAUGGGGUACAAUGCUUGCACGCUGCACGGCGGCAAAGGCCAGGAGCAGAGAGAGUUUGCACUUUCCAACCUCAAGGCUGGAGCCAAAGACAUCCUGGUGGCCACCGACGUUGCUGGUCGAGGAAUUGACAUCCAGGACGUCUCCAUGGUCAUCAACUACGACAUGGCAAAGAACAUUGAAGACUACAUCCAUCGUAUCGGUCGUACUGGUCGUGCUGGUAAGAGUGGUGUGGCCAUGACGUUCCUGACCAAGGAGGACUCUGCGGUGUUCUACGACCUGAAGCAGGCCAUCCUGGAGAGCCCGGUGUCCACCUGCCCUCCGGAGCUCACUAACCACCCAGACGCCCAACACAAACCUGGGACGAUCCUGACCAAGAAGAGGCGCGAGGAGACCAUCUUCGCCUGAUUUAUUGGUUUCAGUUUUAUGUACCGAACACAGGACUUUCAAGUUUAUGCCUCCUUAUCAUGUAUAUUCAUCUUCCCCUCUUUUACCUCCGUUUUGGUGUUUUAUUUCUUCUAGCCCGUUUGUGGAAGAAAAGAUUACUUGGUACCAAAAGGUGAACGGGUUGAUGAAUUUUACUUGCUAAAUUUGUUUAUAACAUCAGUAAUGUGGACCCAGAAACGCUGUACAAGUAAAGAAAAUGUGAUUAAUAGCAGACAGUGUUGAGGAUGCUGAGUAGUAGGUGCUGUUUAGUGAAUAUUUGUUAUUUUGAUCUGGAUCCUCUCCAGAUCUAAACAUGUAAGAGACCAAUACCAGAUUAAAUGUUCAUUUCUUAUGA